UGAUGACAGAUCGCGUCUACGGCAUCUAAACGCCCUAAACGUCAUAUUAAUUUUUUUGAGUUGAACCCAAAAACCAAAACGUGUGCAUAAUUUCACUUCUAUCGUGCUCGUAUCUGAUAAAACCGGCUUAAAAAUGAAACCGAUAAUGCUGCAAGGGCAUGAGCGUUCCAUCACGCACAUAAAAUACAAUCGUGAAGGCGAUCUACUGUUUUCCAGUUCGAAAGAUUCAAAGGCGAAUGUUUGGUUUUCAUUGAAUGGUGAACGAUUGGGAACAUUCAACGGACAUCAGGGAGCUAUUUGGUGUCUGGAUGUUGACUGGACGUCAACCAAAUUCUUAACAGCAUCUGGUGACAUGAGCGUGAAGCUCUGGGAUUUGGAAUAUGGUUCAAUAAUUGCAACGAUUUCGUGCAAAUCGCCAGGCCGAACAUGUGGAUUCAGUUAUUCCGGCAAUCAAGCUGCUUAUUCGAAUGAUUCAUCUAUGGGACAGACGUGUGAAGUGACAAUUAUUGAUGUUCGAAAUGCCGAUUCAAAUCUGUCCACUUCCGAUCCCAUUCUGCGAAUUCCCAUUUCAUCGUCGAAAGUAACGUCGAUGCUCUGGGCUAAUUUAGAUAAUAACAUCAUAACUGGCCACGAAAACGGCAUGAUCUGCAUAUUCGAUUUGAGAACUGGCAAGGAGUUGAAUUCCGUAAAAGAUCACUCGUCAACCAUUAACGAUAUGCAAUUGUCCAAGGACGGAACCAUGUUUGUGACCGCAUCGAAGGACACGUCGGCCAAAUUAUUCGAUUCCGAAAGUUUGGUGUGCCUGAAAACGUACAAAACUGAAAAACCCGUCAAUUCAGCGUCGAUUAGUCCAAUAUUGGAGCACGUCGUUUUGGGAGGAGGACAGGACGCUAUGGAAGUAACAACAACAUCAACACAGGCCGGUAAAUUCGAUUCGCGGUUCUACCAUUUGAUCUACGAGGAAGAAUUUGCCCGCGUCAAGGGUCAUUUCGGACCGAUAAACAGUUUGUCAUUCCAUCCAGAUGGGCAUAGUUAUGCAACGGGUGGUGAAGAUGGUUUCAUUAGACUGCAGAGUUUUGAUCAAAGCUAUUUUGACUACAUGUUCGACUAAGUCCGCUGUGCGUAAAGGUAAACCGAAAAUAUUUUAUUCAAUUUUGAAGAAUGUUUUUUUUCUGGCCUGUUGAUCGGAUGACGCCAAUGAUGAACCGAUUUGGAAAUAAAAAGAUUUUUAUGAUCAAAAGAA